UGGUCAUUUUUUAAUAUGUGUUGUGUUGACGCAGCGCUGCAUUUGACUGCGCGUUUUAGCCGGAAAUUUUGCGCGUUUUUCGCCCCGUUCCGUUGUUCUUAAACGAUCCAAAAGUAAACCAAAAAAGUACCGAGAAUUGUUAGCCGUCGCAAUGCGAAAUGUGGAAAAGAGACGGCCCCUGAAUAAAGCCAGUAAUCUGCGGCUGAGAGCCCUAGCAGAUGUGCAAUUUUAUAGAUGAAAUGCCGGAUGACAGCCAGCCAAUCAUCGGCUAGUGAACAACAUAACGCUUGAGUUGUUCUUUUAUUAACGCAAUACCUAAAUCAGUGGAAACUAACAGAAUACAUUUUUGUAUUCGAAACACAUGCAAAAUAGACAGAAAAAAUACACACACACGAGUACAGACGCCAGUUGAUGGUGUAUGCGUGCAUGGGAGAGUGUAUGUGUGUGUGUGUGUGCGGCUGUACAUAUACACAUAAUCAUGUGAAAAAUCGAUUGGAAGUACUGGAAGCCCCACCACUUGGAUUGGAAGUCACUGGCAGUCAGCGGCGGCGCCAAUUGUCACUCACAAUCGAAGAAGAAGAAGAAGCUUCCGCGGCACGCACCAACUAGUACUGAGAAAGAAAGAAAGAAGCGGAAAGAGAAAAACCGAAAAGAGCAAAAAUAUACCAAUUAUCGCACAAAAAGGCGCGCGCGCCUAGCUAUCAUUCACCGUGCAAUUACGCAAAAUCGGAAGUCGACGCUGGGUGCGAAAGAUCUUAUUGGAAGUAAAGUAAGGAGGAGGACGAUCAUCGUUUCGAAAGGUAUUGCGAAUUGAUUGACAGGCGGACGAGACAAAUGCGCAAAAGAGGUGAAAGAAGCGGAAAGAGAAAUCAACAACUGGCUGGCAGAGCGAUGAGUAGGAAACCGAGAGAGAGAGAGCGGACGCACACAUAUUUCUUUAUAUAACGACAAAAAUCGGAAACGACAAACAAAACAAACACAGAGGAAGAAGUAGAGCACAAAAGAUAUAGAUAGAUAGAGUGUGAGAGAGAUAGAGAAAAAGAGAGCACUCACCAAGUUACGGCCGUUAGAUGAGGCAUCUCAGGAGCAGUCGCGAGAAGAUCAAACCGAAAUCAAAAUCCAAGUCCAAAUACAUUUGCCAGGAGCCGCACCAUCAAAAGCACUGUUGACUAGGGAGACGACAAUUUCGAUUGUUGUUCCGGCUUUGACCAAUAAUGGAACCAGAUCCCAAUGGGAUAAAAAUAGAGCCCACACUUGACCAUCACCAACAGCAGCAGCAGCAUCCCCAGCAGCAGCAGCAGUACGCCACCCAUGUGCUGGCUAUCAAUGGACCCAAUGCACGUCUACUCAUUGAGCAUCCCUCAGCGCUGUUGGUACCCCUCUCCACCCAUCACCAGCAACAGCUCCAGCAGCAGCAGCAGCAGCAACAGCAGCAACAAGUUCAGCAGCAACAGCAUCAUCAGCAGCACCAGUUCCAACAACAGCAGCAGCAUCAUCUCCAGCAGCAGCAGGAUCAGCUGCAGUUCCAGCACCAGCAGCUGCAGCUCAGUUUACCCGCCGCCUACACACACCAGCAACCCCUGUCAUUGAAGCAGCAGCCGCCGCCCACGCCGUUAGGGCCCACGUCAAGCGUCAGUGCCAGCUCCGCCUCAAUCACCGGAACGUCGACGCAUCAACAGCGCUGGAACGAGAGCCCCGAGGCCCGCCAGCGCCGCCUGGCCAGAAAUGCUGAGAGAAUGCGCGAGCGACGACAGCGAGAGAGCGAAGACGAGUACCGGAAGCGGCUGCUGCGCAAUGCGGAGGCGAACCGGCAGAGGCGCCAGAACGAGUCGGAGAUUGAACGGGCGAUGCGGUUGGUAAGAAAUGCGGCGCGACAGAGGCUGCGCCGGGCCAUGGAGUCCCCCGAUCAGCGGUCGAAGCGACUGUCCAAGCUGGCCGAGCGGAUGCGCAUGUACAGGGCCAGCGAGUCGUCCGACCAGCGGAAACUGCGGCUGGCCGAGAUGGCGGCACGGGCGCGCCAGCGGAUCGCCAACGAGUCAACGGAGGAGCGCAAGGAAAGACUGAGAAAGCUGAACGACUACGCCAAAAAGGUCAGAGAAAAGAAAAAGAUAUUGAAGCAUGUGCACGGUGCCGUGUCGUCGGUGGUGGUUACGACGACGUCCUCCUCAUCGUCAACGGCAACGACGACCGCCCAGCAGCAGCAGCAACAACAACAGCAGCAACAGCAGGUGUUGGCUGUUGCAGCAGCAGCAGCAGCCGCCGCAGCGGCGGCAGCCAAUUGUAAUAAUGAACAUAAUAUUAAUUUAAACCAGGCAAACGUUACGACGGUAUCCGCCCCUCAGGCAUCGAGCACGCCCGCACCCGGCACUGGAGCAGGACCCGGAAGCAGUGCCAGCACGCCCCAGGCUGUCGGCGAGGACCUGCAGCAGAUGCAGCACUCGAUCUCGGCCAUCACCUAUGAGGCGUUCAACGGCCAGGGCAUGUUCAUCGCCCAUGGCAUCGCUCGUCCGCCCAUGCAACUCAAGCAGGAGCCUCAAACCCCCCAACAGCAGCAACAGCAGCUCCAACAGCAGGCGCAGCAGCAACAGCUCCAACAGCAGCAGCAGGUGCAGCAGCGGUACGCCAUUGCCGGCCAGCAGCAACAGCAGGUGACGGCCACUCUUUUGGAGAGUGGCGGCGAUCAGGGCAGCAUAUUCGUUCAGCAGAUCUACGGCGAGGACCCGGGCAAGGGACCCAAGCUGUUGCAGGCGCACGUACCGCACUUCAGCAUUGCUUCCGGUCCGUUGGAACUGUAUCCGCACAAGUACGCCAAGAAGCAGGAACUUCAGUCGGCCAAUGGCAACAAUGCACCACCUGGAACGGUAACGGUGUCCUCCACAGGAGCGAGCGGGACCAGCGAGAACAGCGGGUCUGUUAGUCUGGGACAAAAUGAGGCCAAGGUAAUCAUGACCACCAGCGGGGGCGACCAGCAGCAGAAGGUCCUCAAGUCGGCGGGACAAGCAACGCCCCUCUACAACCAGUUCCCCUACCUGGCCACCUUUCCAAGUAAUACCAAUACAGCCAGCACCACCGUGACGACGUCGAACGUGAGCGCGGCCGGGGUUGGGGCUGUGUCAACGGGGGGAGCCGGUGGGACCACCACCACAACCGCCUACUACCCCAUGUACCACAAUGGCUUCCAGCUGGGAAUCGGGCCAAGCGCAGUGCCGCCGCCCUUCACCCCGGUCCACUUUGCCAGUGCCAGCGGCGGGAGCAGUCCCACUUCGACGGGCCAGUACAACAUUCUCACGGCGACCUCCACCAACCCCACGCUGACCGUCACAAGCCUGGGCCAUCAGCAGCAGCAACCCCAGCAGUCGCAGGAGCAGAUCGUGGCGACGGUUGGUCGCGGAAGGCCGAGAAAGAACGUAAUGGUGAGCCACUCGGGCGGCGAGGAGCAGCUGAAGGUAAACACAAUGCUGGAGCAGGAGCUAAACCAGAUGCUCGCCGUCCCCCAGUUGAGCACCACUCCAAGGCGGGGCCGGCCCCUCUCCCAGCCAACGCAACAGCAGGAUCUUGGAGGGUCACUGCCCCACAUACAUGUACAUUCCACGGCAGACGGGGACAACAGGUCGCCGGGCACGCCACGACGCAGUGGCCCCAACAAGUACGAGACAGAGGAUGAGAAGCGCCUACGCCUGGACAAGAUGGCAGCCCACCAGCGGGCAGUGCGGGCGAACGAGACGCCAGAACAGCGCGCCGUGCGACUGCAGAAAUUGAGCGAGCGGGCACGCUUGAAGCGCGCCCAGAUUCGGGCCACUGAAAAUAACGAUGAGCGCAAGGAGCGGCUCUCCAAACAGGCCGAAUACGCUCGGAUGCGACGCAUGCGCAGCCACACGCCGCGCAGCAGCUCUGCCAGCGGCGAGUUCCGUGCCAAGACGGAGGAGGAGACCUCGGAACAACUCUAUGAGACGGAUGACGGAGUAGGCGUUGGGUCCGGCGACAGUUUCGUGACGGUGGUCAAGUCGGACUCGCAGCUGGACGGAGAUGGCUCCAACGACGAACUUGCGACCCUUCAGCUGCAGCAGCACGAGAUCCAGCAGAUUGCCGGCAACCUACAGCAGCACAAUCCCCAUCAUGAGGCCAUCGUUCUCAAUCAGCAGCACCGCCUGGUGACCCUCGGCCAGCACCAGCAAGGCUACAGCAAGCUGCAGACUGUUAAGGAUUAUGCCGCUGCCAGCGGCGGUGCAGGAGUGACAGUAGGAGGUUCUGGUCCCGGUGGUGGAUCCAAUGCUGGCGGUGGUGGUGGCAAUGGCACCGGGGCACCCGAGAACAACGACAUGCUGAAGAUACUCGAGCCGAUCAUCGUGAUGAAGACCAAAUGAGAGUCGAGAAGGCGCCACAGUCGCGCCAUGAAUCGCUAGAGAAGCGAUCGAUCCAAGCGGUAUGCAGUGGCGUAGAGAGGUUGAAUGAGGUGCGGUGGACCCGGCCAUCCAAGCUAGGGUUCGCUUAACCUGUCGAUCGCUACGUCCAUGGGGCUCCGCAAGACGGAGAUGUCCGUGCGAAACAGUGUCUAUAGCUAGGAAUAAGAGUGUUUUUUUUUCGUUGUGGAAUUUUGUGUUUGUCCGUGUAAAAAGUGGAAGGGACUGACAAGACGAGCGGAUAUGUAUAUGUUUACCCAAGGAUGCUUGGUUUUGGUUAAAGCAUAAACCACAAUUACCAAUCACCCGCAACCCCUAUCUCAAUCAAAAGGAAACUGACGCCCCCGAAAGCAGAGCAGAUGUGGAGAGGAAUUCAAUCUCCUCAGGAUAUUUAAUCAUCGUGGGAGGGAGCAGCGCGCCCUGCAGUGCACUCACGACUAGACUAUCGUACAGAGAAAAGGUGCUGCACGAGCCCAGGGCACAGCUAAAUGUGAAGAGAGAUCAACUAAUCCUAAUCCAGAUUAUGUAGCGCGUAACCAGAUCACUAAGUAGAUGUAUGUAUUAAUUAUUAAUUUUUUAAAUUAGCAAAAAAUACAAAUAAAUCUAAUAAGAAAUGC